GUGUAUGUUCAUGUGUGUAUGUGUACUUGUGUGUGUUUACGGUGUGUGUGUGUGUGUGUGUGUGUGUGUAAAAAACAACAAAACAUUUUCUCUAAACAUUAUUGCGAACACAUCAUUGUGGUCCGGGUCUGUAUAUGUGUAUGUAUGUAUGUAUGUAUGUAUGUAUGUAUGUAUGUAUGUAUGUAUGUAUGUAUGUAUGCAUGUAUGUAUGUAUGUAUGUAUGUAUGUAUGUAUGUAUGUAUGUAUGUAUGUAUGUAUGUAUGUAUGUAUGUAUGUAUGUAUGUAUGUAUGUAUGUAUGUAUGUGUGUAUGUAUGUAUGUAUGUAUGUAUGUAUGUAUCUAUGUAUGCAUGUAUGUAUGUACGUAA